UGGAAUGCGGUGACCGCACCGCGCUGUACCAACGCUCCGGUCUGCCGGGGAGGGGAAUGAUAGGACAGAGGCUGAGGCUGUGGUCUUGACCUCAUCGUCCCGAGAAGGGUCAAGACCCCUGAGAGGAAGCGUAAAAUAGACAGUCUCCGUUCAGACGCGUCUUUAGCACGGCUUCUCCUGUGGAAGCGACAAGCCUCAUCACUAGUUCCUCCCCCCCUCCGCACAGAUGGUCUCGCCCACUCCUUCCUUCCUUCCUGUGUGCCGGCGGGGCGGCGGCCGCUCGCUGUCCGGAAGUGCCGCGGUAGCCGCUCCCCGCCGCGCCCGCCCGAGGAUUCUCUCCCGCAGCCGCCAGAACCAACAGCCAACAUGUCGAGCAAAAGGGCAAAGACGAAGACCACCAAGAAGCGGCCUCAGCGCGCCACUUCCAAUGUAUUUGCCAUGUUUGAUCAGUCGCAGAUUCAAGAAUUCAAGGAGGCCUUCAACAUGAUCGACCAGAACAGGGAUGGCUUCAUUGACAAAGAGGACUUGCACGACAUGCUCGCCUCCCUCGGGAAGAAUCCAACAGAUGAAUACCUGGAUGCCAUGAUGAAUGAGGCUCCAGGCCCCAUAAACUUCACUAUGUUCCUUACAAUGUUUGGUGAGAAGUUAAAUGGCACAGACCCAGAAGAUGUCAUCAGGAAUGCUUUUGCCUGCUUUGAUGAAGAAGCAACAGGGUUCAUUCAGGAAGACUACCUGCGAGAGCUGCUGACCACGAUGGGAGACAGGUUCACAGAUGAAGAGGUAGAUGAGCUGUACCGAGAGGCACCCAUCGACAAAAAGGGCAAUUUCAACUACAUUGAAUUCACGCGCAUCCUGAAACAUGGAGCAAAGGACAAGGAUGACUGAGCAAAGCUCCUGAUACCUGCAGAUUAUCUCUGCUUUACACUUAUGUUUAUUUUUGAGGGGUUUCUUCCUGAUAGAACUUGUUGCAUGCAUUUAGCUUUACAGCUUUUGCCUUUCUCAAUGUAUUUAUCUAUUCCAGGCCAUUUAGGCCCAUUUGCACCUGUGUAAUCAAGACUGGAAGCGGGGAAAAUAUUGUGAGGAAAAGGAUAUGGGGACAAAAAUCCAUGGAUUUGGUAGUCCAAGAAAAUAAUCUCAGUGUUUCUGGUUUAGCUGGAUUUUUACAUUUUUGUAAUAAAUGCCAUUUUGAAAUAAAGAUUGCUAUAUCGAUAAAA